UCCUUUUCUCUGGAGCCGGCUACGUGAGAGAGAGGACUGCUAUUUGGCUUGUUUGCCUCUGUCCCCUUUGGUGGUCAGGCUGGUUUUGUGGCAGGUGUGCUGGACUUGUACCUCCUCUGGCCACUCACGGGAGAGGGUCAGCAAAGCCCCUAAGACACUCAGCAAUCAUGAAUCCCGACGAUCCCACUAGUGGGUUCCGGCACGGCAAAGUGUUAAUGUUCAUCAAUGAGCAAAUGUCCAAGCACACAAAAGGCCCCCAGUUCUACUUUGAGAACCUGGCCCUGUCCUGGGAGGAGGUGGAAGAAAAGCUCAGAAUCCUCCUGGAGGAUGGCGCGAUGCCUAGCCAGGCUCGGGAAGCCUGUGCCUGGGGCAGCCUGGCCUUGGGUGUUCGCUUCGCUUGGAGGCAAGGCCACUUGCAGGGGCGCAGAGUGCAAUGGCUUCACGACUUUGCCAGCCUGCACAGGUCAGCGGCACAUGCCUUGGCAUCAGACCUGAAGAAGCUCACAGACCAGCGAGAGAUUGAACGCAAGGAGGCAGCCUUCCAGCUUCAGCUGGCCCACACCAAACUGGCAGAGUUGCAGAGAGAGCGGGACCUGCUGAGACUGAAGCUACUACAUGCGGAGCUGAGGGCCUUUCCAGUUGCAGAGAUGCCAAUCAUGAAUAGAGCCCCUGCUACUGCUCAAGGAGCAAAGACAGAGACACAAAAUGCACACGAGAAAGAAGAGGUGACAGCUAGUGACGAAGCAGUUCGUGAACCAGAAAGGGAGAUGGAAGGGGCUACAGCCAUGGCUGCCUCUGAGGAGCUGGCAGGCACAGGAAAGCUGGAAAAAAACACCCUGGAGCAUCUUGGAGCGGUGGAGUGGAAAAAUUAUCCCUCGGGCUUGAAGGAGGAGGGGGAGGAGGGGGAAGAGGGAGAGGAGGGAGAGGACAGGGAAGGGGAAGACAAAUCUGUGGAAAUACCGACAUAUUCUGACUCUGAGCCCUUAGAUCUUAGCAGGUCCACAAGCUCCCCACAACCUGUUACUAUCCAACUCCCUGACUCAUUCACAUACUCAUAUGAAAGCCCCUUCCCAGUCACACCCACCCCAUCCCCACCACUAAGCAUUGUCACCGAACCUCAGAUGCCUCCCUAUUUCAUGGCCACUGACAUGAAUAUGUCUGACACUGAGGGCCCGACAGUAUACCUCCAAGAACUCCCGAAAGAUAGCCAAGAUAGCCAGCUGCAGAGAAAUAUGGCACUUCACAGGCCUGGGGAUUGGGACUGCCCUUGGUGUAAAACUGUGAAUCUUUCAGAGAAGGAAAACUGCUUCCGCUGUGGGAAGCUAACCUGGCUGGAAAGCCCUCAGUGAGUUCAGAAAUGUGACACAGAGCAGAAUUUCCCAUAGGGAAAUCAAUUUUCAGAGAUGGGAAAAGGAGAAUGGGAGGGGUUUCAUGGGAAUGGGGAGGGGAAAACGGGAUGGGUACAGAUGGUGUGGGAGGGAAAAGUUUUGAUUUCUUUUGUGCUCCAGAUAAUUAGCAUUCAAUACGCCAGAACUGCUUUAGCUUUGUGUUUGUGUGUGUUUAUGUGUAUGUGUGUGUACUAGAACAUUCUCAUAUCAAACCAUUUUUCUUUUAUAUCUUGAUUUUUGUUUCUAUAAAAAAACAAAAACAAAACCAAAAAACCAAAACAACAACAACAACAACAAAAAAAAAACAAGGUCUCAUCUAGCCCAGAGUGGUCUCAAACUUACUAUGUAGCCAAGGAUGACUGACUCCACUUCCUAAGUGUUGAGAUUACAGGUGUGUAUUACCAUGCCUGGCUCAGAAAUGUAGUUUCAAAACAGUGCACCAUUAAAGAACAUAAUGGAAUUGGAGGGGAAUUGAAGAAGCAGAGAGCGUGCAGUGAGGAUUCCUUUAUCCCAAGUCUCCAGGAAUGAACUGGGUGGGAUGCCUAUGUUCUGAGGGAAUUCUAUUGCCAGAAAUGGGUCAAGCCUCAGCUAGUUGUUCCCAGGAAUGAACUGGAUAGGAGGCUCACGUUCUGAGAGAGAAAUAACACAAGAAAUAAAGCCAUCAAAUGAAGCUGGAGAUGGGUUAACCUCGGGUUUAUGCUUGACUCAAAUUAACUUGGCAGAGAUUUGCCACCCCUAUGAGAAUUCUGAAAGACUAUGGAGGAUGCCAGCACCAGAUGCAAGCAAGGACUUUGUGAUUGUACAGCCUUUUACCAGAACUCUUCCCUAGUCCUCAGUGGGCAGAACCAUGGACAGCUCUGAACAGGAAAGUCAUGCCACUGCUCCAAGGUGAGUCAGCAACUGAUAGU